UCCACAACCAGUAUUGAGCACACACUAGUCUUUCUUCUCUCUUAGCAUCGGGUUCUUGAUCAAUCCAUCCAUCCAUCAAUAUGGCGAGCUCCAUGAGUGAUCUAGUUCCCGCGCAGCGCGUUUCCUCUCCCACCACUAACGAUUAUGUCUAUCCUGCACUUCCCAAAGCUCUUGAGGGUGUCAACUUCGAUCUUACGUCGAGCUUGAAGGACAACAAGCUCCAAAAGCCUCCGCCCGACCAUCUGCAAGCCCGCAAGGAGGCCCUUAACAAGUCGCUCGACUAUCUCAAGCAGCAGCAGUCCCAUUUCAUGGGCUUCCAGGCCAACCAGAAGAUGAGCUUCGACGAACUGAAUGACUUCCUCAACGUGCACCUGAACAACAUUGGGGACCCAUUUGUCGAGGGCAAUUGCACCACCAACACCAAGUUCAUGGAGCGCGCCGUGCUCGACUACUACGCAUCGCUGUGGAACGCGAACUGGCCUCAUAAGUCUUCCCUCCUGGGUGAUGAGGAAGGUAACAGCUACUGGGGAUUCCUCCUCACCAUGGGAUCCACCGAAGGCAACAUGUACGCUCUGUGGAAUGCCCGGGACUACCUCGGUGGCAAAAUCCUCCUCAUGGAAUCCGGCGGAGACACAAAGAAGGCGGCGGCUGCGCGGCUUGUCUAUCGCCAAGCAGCCGUGCCUCCAAAUGCCAAGCCCGUCCCGAGCCAGGCAAGGAGCGCAGCUCCAUUCCCAGAAUGCUGCGACGAGUUUUGUGAGAACUACUUCUCGCCGGUUGCGUUCUAUUCGGAGGACACGCACUACUCGUUCACAAAGGCGACCCGGCUCAUCGGCAUCCCCACUUUCGGAGUGGUGGGCGAGGAGAAGUACCCCGGGAUGUGCCCGAUCACCGAAGACGGGAAGUGGCCGGACGAGGUCCCCUCGCACGAGGAGGGCCCCGAGGAUGGAACCAUCCGCACCGAGUCUCUCGCGGAGCUAGUGCUCUUCUUUGCACGGAGGGGCCACCCCAUCUUCGUCAACCUCAACUACGGCACCACUUUCAAGGGCGCCUAUGAUAGCGUCGUCAAAGCCAUGGCCGCGCUCAUGCCCAUCUUCCAGUUCUACGGCCACGACAAGCGGGUCAUCGACGCCGGCGGGGAGGAGAGUGUACGGACGGGAUUUUGGAUCCACGUCGAUGGCGCACUCGGUGCUGCUUACAUUCCGUAUCUGAAGAUGGCCGCGGAAGAGGGCUGCAAGUUUGAGGAUGGUGGCGCUGUGGAAGUCGCUCCCGAGUUUGAUUUCAGCCUGGAAGCCGUGCAUUCCAUCGCAAUGAGCGGGCACAAGUGGAUGGGUGCGCCCAUUCCAUGCGGACUUUUCAUGUCCAAGAGAAGGUACCAAAUCAACCCACCGAGCAAUCCGAUCUACACUGGCACUCCAGACACCACCUUUGCCGGCUCCAGGAAUGGCCUUUCGGCGGUCUUCUUCUGGAGCUACAUCUCCAAGCAUACACUCAAGCAGCAGAUUGACAAGGCCGUGCGUUGCCAGGGAAUGGCACGGUUCAUCUACAACACCAUGACGGAGCUGGGCAAGAAACUCAACCUCGAUCUCUGGGUUGCACGAUCUCCACUCUCGCUCACCGUUCGUUUCCGGCAACUCAACGAUGACCUGGUGUUCAAGUACAGCCUCUCCAACGAGACGCUAGUUGUCAAUGAUGUGCAACGCCUAAUUUCACACGUCUUUGCGAUGGAGCAUGUCACCAAGGAACUGGUGCUCAUGCUAGCGGAGGACGUGAUGAAGCUCGGGCCCAAAGCUUUCAAGGACUUGUCGGAUGGAACUGCAGGUGCAAGCGAUGGACUUACAACGAUGGAUGCUCCUCUUGUUUCAUGCGUGCCAUUCCAGGGUCGUGGUUUCAGCGGCAACUAAAGAACUUGUGAUCAAGUAAUUUUUAUACUAAGCAUAAACUAUUUAUGUUGUUGGGGCGAUUAUCAUGCGAGAUGACGUCCAUCUCCGGCAAGAGUUUCUUUGGCAACUUAGUGGUUGAUUUUAUGA